AUGGCUACCACUGCCUCUAUUGCUCCUCUGACCUCACACACAUUUGGCAAAGAUGCUAUAGCGUCAAUCACUAUUGAUACAAAGUCUACUCUAGGUAACAGUUCUACACCUUAUAAGUCUCAGUGGAAGUAUACAGAAGCUAUCUCUUUCACCAGAGAGAACUCUCUGGAAUCUAUCCAUCGAAAGACACCGACAAUCAGAUCGACUGGUUUCCUCACCACCGAGUAG